GAGAGAGAGAGAGAGAGAGAGAGAGAGAGGUAUUUCGUUUUCGGAGCUUAUUCCUGACUUUCUUAUUAAAUGAUGAUCUUCCAAAGAUGUUGUGGCUCAUCACAGUGCUGUGUGCUGUAGAAUCAUGUGCAGCCUUUAAGGUCAUUGCGCCCGCUGGCCGAUUGGUGGCGGUCCGAGGUCAGCCGAUCAUCCUGGGCUGCGAGUUCACCCCAGACUCUUACCCUGACCUGUCCAGCCUGGUGGUCACAUGGCAGCGGAAGGAGGACGCCCGGGUGGUCCACAGUUUCUACUACAAUCAGGACCAGCUGGACCGGCAGAGCGAGGACUACUGGAACCGCACUGCACUGUUCAUUACAGAGCUGGAGAAAGGAAAUGCUUCACUCAGAAUAGAGGAAGUGGGACCAAAGGAUGUGGGACAGUACCUGUGCAUGGUCAGCAAUACCAAAGGCACAGAUAAAGCACAGGUGCGGCUGGAGUACGGAGCUUUCUACACAGAGCCCAGACUGAGCAUCAGCUUCACUUGCUCCAACGUGACGGUGUGGUACGAGGCUGAGGGGUUUCCUAAACCUGAGGUCAGCUGGUCAGAUGACCAGGGCCAGAACCUGAGCCACAACACAGAGCUCACGGAGAGGCUGAAUGAAACCAUGGGACUCUAUUACCUAAAAAGCAGCUAUGUGGCCCAGAGUCCGAAACUCAACGUAACUUUCACGCUAAAGAACCCUCUUCUGAAUCAGCACAUGCAGAGACCUGUCAACCUCACAUACGGCGAUGCUGGAUGUGGAGGACCAAUCAUUGUGAUUGUUCUGACGGUGGUAUGUGUCCUGCUGCUCUUUAUCGUGAUAUUCCUGCUUGUAAAGCUGCACAAGAAAAAGACUGGCCUGUUUGCUGCAAAUGGGUAUCAGGUGGCAUAUAGACUGCAGGACAGUCAGACAGAGACACAGGAAAAUGGUGGGCCAUCAUGAACUGUUCUUUUGGGCCUCAAGAGGAUGAUCCAGACUUGCUAAAGUGUCUGAUGAACACCAUCCAGCGUCUGUAGCUGCAUGGACUUGACUGGAAUCCACUAAUUGCAUAGCAUAGCAAAUGCUGGUAAGGCUGUUUAAGGACACACCCAAGCGUCUAUGCCAAAUCUUCACAUCUAUAGCCUUGAGGAUGCGUUACUAAGAAUGCAAAAAAAAAAGUCUGUUACAACGACUCUUUACUAAGCAUUACAUAUUACAUAUUGUACGACCCCAAAUCUUUACACGUUGGGACAGUAAGGAAAUUGAAAAAAAUCAAACCCCAAACAAACAAAAAACAAAUCACAGUGCUUCUUACAUUUACUUUGACUUUAAUUGAUUUAAUUGUUUCUACAUCCGUUAUCCAGGUUUUCAGCUUCACUGAUCAUAUAGAAACAUUUUGUAGUUCUAUAAUAAAUACAAUCUGUAGUCCUGUAUCUGUUUUUUUGCAUACUUUAGUAUUAUCCUCUGUUCACCCUGUUCUUCAAUUGAUCAGGAGCCUACAGGAGAGAGAGAGAGAGAGAGACAGAGAGAAUGCGCCACAGAGCAGCUUUUAUUUGGGUCAUGGAUCAUUCUCAGCAUUAGCAUGGUGGUGGUGUAUGAGGUGUUAGUGUGUGUUGUGCUGGUACAGGGAGUGGAUCAGAUACAGCAGUGCUGCUGGAGUUUUUAAACACUUUAUUGCAUACCUGUCAAGUCUCCCGUUUUGGCCGGGAAACUACCGUAUUUUACUCCUCUUUCCCGCCGUCCUCCCGUAUUAGUAUUUUCCCGUAAAUUUCCCGUAUUUUAGUAAAAUAAAAAAUAUAUAUAUUAUUGAGGAUACAGGGCACUGACCGCUCUGUGUCUCUUAACCAAUCGUGGAGCCGGUUCAAGGAGAAAGUCCCGCCUUUCAGGAGAAACAGCCAAUCAGCUUGCAAGGAGGGUCAGUGUGGGGAAGCCCCGCCCUCCUCGCUGUGAGUUCAGGCAGCUAGUUGGAGCUGCUGAUGUUAAAACAUACAUGCAGCGAUUUUUCUAAAAGAAAGGUAACGGUAGUCUAAUCAUGGAAACUGUGAUGAGAUUUUUCUGAUAGCUGCUUAAAAAUACUCCGAAAUAAAACACACAGAUUAAACCUUUUAAAAUAAAAAAAAUUACAGCUUGUGACUCAGUUUAACUAGAAAUGUGGAGAGGACCGACAUUAACUGAACUGAUCAGGGGUGGAGUGAUCAAAAGGAAGAAGUAUUAAUUAAAAAAAAGUUAUUGUGUAGGCCCCUUAGGACUAAUUUUUACUGAUGGAAUAUAUCUGGUCCAUGUCCUUUUAGUAAAAGCUCAUAAUACCAUUUUUAGGUCACCAACAGUCAUUUUGCUGAAUUUGUGCACCCUUUGUUCAAUUUUAAAUCCAUUAAAUAAAUAAAAAAUAUAUCAUAUAAAAGAGUGCAUUUAUUACAAAAAAGACAUGAAAUCUUAAAUUAAAAAAAAGAUAUAGAAAAGGGUUUUUAAUUUGGCUGUAUUAAAAGAAUGACAUAUGUAGGAAUGUCCACAACAUGUUCAGAUUCUGAUAAUCUAAUUGUAGUGUGUAAGUGGUUCACUUGUGGUUAUUUUAGAUUUUUUGUAAACCUGUUUUAAAAUGUAAGGGAUACUGAACCUUCGUUGGGCUGGUGGGACGGCUUUAAGCGGACAGAGGAAAAUAUCCCUUAUUUUUAAAUCUAAAACUUGACAGGUAUGCUUUAUUGUCACUGCUGGACUGAGAAUAGUCCACCGACUGCAUCCUGUGAUUUGUGUCCACUGAUGAAGGGCUAGAGCAGGGUGCGAAUUACAGGGGGCACCCCCCCCCCCUGUACAGAAAUGCCUGGAUGAAUAUUGUGAUACGAUUUAAAGCACCCCUAAAGUGGAUCAUACCAUUCCAAGUGGUCAGGUGGUUUGCAUUAGUUAAGGUAUGCACGCUGCACACCGUUAUGUGUAAGUAGCUUGCUGUCUACUUAGCUUUCUUAAAAAGGCACUUUAAACACACUAUUCCUUACGUAAAUAACUCUCAGGAUUUUGCUAAACCACCUUUAAUGCUGCUAAUUUACCAUUCUGCCAUAAAUGCUGCUAAUUUACCAUUCUGCCAUAAAUGCUGCUAAUUUACCAUUCUGCCUUAAAUGCUGCUUUUGUGGCGGCACACACGCUUCAGGCUGUAGAUACUAUUUUCGGCGCUUUUAAGGUGGAACAAUUAAAUGGGAAUCCAUUUCAGCACACCCUAAGCAGAAAUGAGUAAAACUCUUUAAACACUUUAUCAUCUACUACACGCUAAAAAGAGAACUGUGUUGUAAUGCAGGGAAACUCUUAAGGUGGUUUAGAAGUGUGAAGGCGGAAGGGAAAAAAGUAGCCUUAAAUUGUCCAACAUUCUUUUUAAUGUGUUGCAGGCCUGAAAUUAAUGAAUAGAUUUAUUUUAGCAAAUAAAAAUAGUUUGACAAGACAAAACGAAAAUGAAAUAAAAGUCAAAGUAAAUCUUGGAAGAUUUUUUUUUAACUACAUUUUCCAUAUUUUGUCCCAACUCUGAUUUGGGGUUGUAGGUUUCUUGCACUACUGCACUAUCAUUCAAAACGUGCAGACCUCCUAUGAAAAACACAAAUGUAGAGUCCGCAUUUUCCAGAAUAAGUGUGUUUACAUAUACAUAUAUCAGCUUCACUCCAAGGAUACAACACCUCGGUAAAAAAUAACAUUCACUACUUAUUUAUUAACACAGAUUAUGAGCGGUUUAACCAGAGCACUACUAUUGUUAUUCAUUUGCAGGACACUUUUUGUGCAACACCACACCGUCUCACAACUGUUGAAGCUGAAAUGGUUUACAAACAAAAGUUUACGAAUAUUUACAAUGCAUGUUCUCCCAGUGUACUCUUAAAGCAACAUUAUGUAGCCUUUUUAUUUUAUCUAGGCUCUGCAUUAUGCUGCCAACUGCACUAUGUAACUCUGGUGAAGUGGGCAGGACAAUAACUGCUAAAUGAUGCCUAACCCGAGACAUAUUCACGUUUAAUCUGCUAAUAUAACCUUGCUAAUACUGCCUCAGUCCACAUGCUUCUUUCACUCUCAGUGCCAGUUCUGUAUUUUUCAUCUUAUACAGACAUGCAGAGAAGCAUGUUCUUUAUUGGUGUCUCAAAGUGUAGCAUAUACUUGCACAGGAGCAAAAAAAAGACAAUUUAAAACCUUAUUGUAAAUUUAAUUGGAUUGAUUGAGUCUUAAAAUUGGACGUUUUCUAUGCUCAUUUAUACUGAAUUUGCUCUGCCCAUCAGAUAAAUACAGAUACAGACUGAGAUGACAAGACAAUUAUAUAUAUAGAGUGUACUUCACAUGCUGGGCACAGAUAGGCACAGCCUCUGCCUAUAACCCAUCCAUGCAGUAAACACACACAUAAACACACACACACACACAUACACAGUAACAAGGAGAACACAUGCCCGGAGCUGUGAGGGUCAAGAGGCUUUGUUUAAGAUCCAAACAGUGGCAGCUUUAAUCCCAGGUAUCGAACCCACAACCCUGUCAUCAACCUCUAUCCUCUGAGCCACUACUGCUCAGUGAUUAGACCAUUCUGUUGCUUUAAGAGGUUGAAAAAAACUGCCUGUAUAUCUGAACUUUUACUUUUCUGUGUUAGAAAAGUGGAUGGACAUUAGUGCUGCAUUUCAUUUUGUGUUAAUAUUGCUUUUUUUGUUACCAAAUGUUCCUAUUUAUUUUUUUCAAUAACGAUGUGUUGCUGUAUUUCUAUAACAAAAUGCUAGAAAUUGUUGAGAAUUCUGGUCCAUUUCAACAUGUGCAUUAAAUGUUGUUUUUAAUCA